GUAGGCCCGGCCGCACUAGCGCCACCUGCCGCGCCGGCUCCUUUCAGCGUUCAGAAGACGCCGCGCUGGUGCUGCGCGCGUACGUGCGCGCCCGUGUGGCGGAUCGCCGAGCAGGAACCCGACCCAAUCACAUGCCGCCUGCCUCCUGAACUCCUUGUCCUCCUCCGCUUAUAAAUAAAGCGCCACCGGACCAACUUGCCAUUGCUUACGCAGCUGAGCUCGCCGGCUUUCCCAUUCAGGACCACCUGCUCGGCUUGACUUCUGUUCUGUAGGAGGACAGAGAAGGAGAGGCCCGAGAAAUGGAUGUGGAGAGCAGCCCGGCGCCGGAGGUGGUCUCCGUCGACUGGCGCGGCCGCCCAUGCCGGCAGCACCGGCACGGCGGCAUGCGCGCCGCCGUCUUCGUCCUAGGGAUCCAGACGUUCGAGAUCAUGGCGAUCGCGGCGGUGGGGAACAACCUGAUCACGUACGUGUUCGGGGAGAUGCACUUCCCGCUGUCGCAGGCGGCCAACGUGGUGACCAACUUCGUCGGCACCAUCUUCCUGCUCUCCCUCCUCGGCGGGUCCCUCUCCGACUCCUACCUCGGCUGCUUCUGGACCAUGCUCACCUUCGGCUUCGUCGAGCUCUCGGGCUUCAUAUUACUGUCAUUGCAAGCACACCUGCCACAGCUCAAGCCGCCGCCGUGCAACAUGGCGUCCAUGGACGGCAGCUGCCAGAAGGCUAGUGGCUUCAAGGCCACCAUCUUCUUCAUCGCGCUCUACCUGGUGGCGCUUGGCAGCGGCUGCCUCAAGCCCAACAUGAUCGCGCACGGCGCCGACCAGUUCGCCGGGGGCACGCCGGACAACGCCAAGAGGCUCUCCACCUACUUCAACUCGGCCUACUUCAGCUUCUGCGCCGGCGAGCUCGUCGCGCUGACGGCGCUGGUCUGGGUGCAGACGCACUCCGGGAUGGACGUCGGGUUCGGCAUCUCCGCGGCCGCCAUGGCGGUCGGGCUCGUCAGCCUGGUGUCCGGCGCCGCGUUGUACCGGAACAAGCCUCCGCAGGGCAGCAUCUUCACUCCGAUUGCAAGGGUCUUCGUUGCUGCCUUCACUAAGAGGAAGCAAGUCAGCCCUUCCAUCUCCUCCAAUCCUAUCAACGCCGGAGCUUGCGAGCCGGCACGCCUCGCUGGCAACCUUCGCCACGCCAACAAAUUCAGGUUCUUGGACAAGGCGUGCAUCCGGGCAGCGCAGCAGGGACCGAACACGAAGUCGGAGAGCCCGUGGAGGCUGUGCACCGUGGCCGAGGUGCAGCAGGCCAAGACCCUCCUCGCCGUGACGCCCAUCUUCGCGUGCACCAUCGUCUUCAACACCGUGCUCGCGCAGCUGCAGACCUUCUCGGUGCAGCAGGGCAGCGCCAUGGACACCGCGCUCCCGCCGGGCUCGGGCUCCUUCCGCAUCCCGCCCGCGUCGCUGCAGGCCAUCCCCUACGCCUUACUGCUCGCGCUCGUCCCGGUCUACGAGCUCCUCCUCGUCCCGCUCAUGAAGCGCCUCACGGGCACGCAGUCCGGGAUCACCCCGCUUCAGCGCAUCGGCGUCGGCCUCGGCACCGUCGCGUUCUCCAUGGUCGCCGCGGCCACUGUCGAGCGCAGGCGCCGCGACGCCGCCGCGGCGGGCACGCAGAUGUCCGUCCUGUGGAUCGUGCCGCAAUUCCUGGUCUUCGGCGUUUCGGAGAUGUUCACUGCCGUGGGGCUCAUCGAGUUCUUCUACAAGCAGGCGUGCGCCGGCAUGCAGGCCUUCCUCACGGCGCUGACCUACUGCUCCUACGCAUUCGGGUUCUACCUCAGCUCGGUGCUCGUGUCAAUGGUGAACAGGAUCACGGCGAGCCACGGCGCCGGCGGCUGGCUCGAAGACAACGACCUUAACAAGGACAGGCUCGACCUUUUCUACUGGAUGCUCGCCGCGCUCAGCGUGGUCAACUUCUUCUGCUACCUUCUGUGCUCGAGGUGGUACAAUGCUGGUGCACAUGGCUCUGAUGCAGCUGCCUCUGGUCAGGUGGCAGCAGAGGACGAUAUUAAGGAGACCAUCUGAAGAACUACUCAAGAACAUGAGAAUGAAACUGUAUAGGUGUAUGUAUACAUGCAUGAAAAAUAUUGGGAAGAAAAUGAGUACUACUGGCAGUGAAAAAGCUCUCAUUUGAUAACAAAUAGAAAGCACAUAUAAGCUAGUUCUGCAGUGAAACAUGGCAUUGAGAGUACUCAACAAAAGAAAACUAGGUAACUUUAUCUGGAGGAAAUUCAGAGUAGACAACAAGGCAAUGGUGUUGGACUGAGCAGCCGAACUCAACGCAAACACAUAUACACGCGAACACACUUGUGGCUAGCAAGAAGAACACGGAAGACUUUUGUGCUGCUCAACCUUUAUAUCACCUGGAUGUGACUCACUCAUGCUAUCACCUGGACGCAACACGACACGAACACGAGAGAGACGAAAAACACGCAAGAACUUGAUGAGGCACUCACAGAUGGCCUCGUUUUUUCUUUCUGUUUUCCUCUCAUUCUUCCAAAGGAUAGGUACAUGCUUUAAAUAAACAAGCCACUAACUAACACACUCACACGGUGAGUAGCUCAUCCACUUUUUAAGCCACCACGCUCACCACUUGACUCGGCCACCUAUCCAGGCCAACGUCCACA